CUUGUGGUUGGCAUAUUGGCAGUUCAUUUGGAAAGCGUGUGCAAAAAUGUCCGCGAGGCUGUUUUUAUUCUUAAUCCUUGCAAAUUUCUCCACUUCAAUGGCAAUCAGGAAAUCUGAUCUGGUUAUGGAAUUUUGUGCGAAUAUUGUUAAGGCUAAACAAGUUGUUAUCUUUUCUUGUUUUGGAGAUAAAAAUGACAUCUUUGAAAUAGUGCACAAGUUAGUCGAACGAGUGUUGUUGGCACGAUUCGUUAACUUAGGGAAGGCGGAAAUUGACUUGAAUAACACUUUGACCAGACACAUCACCGUAGUUACUUGCGUGGUCUUGAACCUGGAUUGUCCUAGCGUCAGCCGAGUUCUUGAAAUGGCAAGUAACUAUGGAUACUUCAAUAAAUCUUAUCAGUGGCUCCUCGUUGAUUCUGAAAAUAUUGGCCUCAUCAAUUUCAAAAAUGCUACACACGGAAUAGGGUUGAACGCGCAAGUGACUUACGGGAAUACAAGUUCAGUAGAAAUGUUUUCUCUCUAUGACCUGCACUCCAAAGGGCAACAUCUCAAGGCUCCGCUGAUUGCAAAUGAAUAUGCGAGAUGGUCUGAAAACAAAGGCUUUGCUGUUGAUUUCCCAAUGGAGUUUGUUCAAGGAGUGCAGAAUAGACGUAAUUUCCACGGGCAAAAUUUAAGAGGGGUGGUUGUGAUUGAUAGGGAUGAUAUAGAGCCCACCCAGGCCAAUGACAUACUUUCAACACCAUCGAAACUAGUUGGCGUGACUGCAUUCUCAAAAUAUCAUUAUAAUUUGGUUAAGAUUCUUCAGCAAUUCUACAAUUUUUCUGUUAAUUAUCGAAUCACUCAUGGUUGGGCAGGACGAUUACCCGGUUCACAAUUUCGUCUGGGGCUUUUGGGGGUGGUGCAGAGAAACGAGGCGGAUGUUGCCGCAAGCGGUAUGUUCAAUCGGAUUAAUCGCCUCCCCGAAUUCGACACAAUCCAUGAAAGCUGGAAGUUGGAAUUGGCUUUCCUGUAUCGGAUGACAGGUGAAUUAAAGGAUGGUCAAAAAAGUGGCGGCAGUUUCUUGCUUCCGUUUGAUGAUAACGUUUGGAUCGUGUCGUGUGUAUUCGUGGCAUUGAUGGGUUUAGCAUGGAAGAUUAUCGUAUUUCUUGAAAAGUACCAUUGUAGAUUGGAAAAGAGAUGCAAUGUUGUUGUUAAUGCUCUAAGUAUAGUAUGCCAACAAGGUUUAAAUCAAACACCAGAGCGAACAUCAACGAGGAUCAUAUCCUUCGCCUUUUUGCUAUUCUCAAUGAUAAUGUACAACUUCUACACUUCAUCGGUUGUUGGUGGCCUGCUAAGUACUCGAGUUAAAGGACCACAGAACUUAUCGGAGCUAGCCGCCAGUCCUCUGAUAUUAUCCUUUGAAGAUGUUGGAUAUAAUAAAAUUGUAUUUAGAGAAGCAAAUUCGUCGCUCUUGAAGCACAUCUAUCAUACGAGAGUAGAGCCGUAUCGUCCGCCUAGCAUGCUUCCUGCCUACACAACUGUUAAGGAUGCUGUGCCUUACAUCCAAACAGGCAGGUACGCUUUUCACUGUGAAGUAAUGGAUGCAUACCCAGAAAUCGCCAAAGUUUUCGAUCCUAACGAAAUUUGUGAUUUACGAUCGUUACCUGCAUUCUUUGAUGUUCAGCUUAUCGCCAUGGUCGUAACUAAGCGAAGCACUUACACUGAAAUGUUCCGAAUUGCACUGCAUAGAGCUCGUGAGCUUGGUCUUAUAAGCCGCGAGUUGAGGGCGCAUCGACCUGAGAAGCCCAGAUGCCAAUCAGGAUCUACUGUGCAUCCUGUUACUUUGAAUGGUGUCAUGAACGCUUUCUUUAUUCUCGAAGUUGGAAUUUUAACAUCCGCGGCAUUGCUACUGGUGGAACUUUUAUUGAAGCGGAUUAUACCAGACGAAUUUCUUGUAUGGAACUUAAGUCGCACUUAAUGUAUUUAUAAAAUUUACAGGAACAAUUCACAAAUAAACAUUCAUAAGUGUUUAAUACAAAUAAAUAAAGAUAAGUCGGGAAACCGCAA